ACCGUAAUUGUGCAAAUCACCUGCCUCCUCUACAGCACUUCCCGGCAGGUGGUGCGCUUCAGCUACGAGUCGGCGAUGGUUGUGGUGUACGAGGACCGUUUCAAAAUGACCACCAGCGCUGCGGGCAUGCUCGCUUCGGGACUCGCGGCCACCUCCCUGCUCUCCGUCCUUAUCUUCAAGCUGAUCAAGAGCCUCAAUGCGGGCGCCAUCCACACCGGCGUUGUCCUCGCGAGCUUCCUGUCGUUGGUUCCCGGCCUUCUGCUCAUGUAUAUGGGCCACGUCUUCGCUUUCACCAUCUUGACGGCAAUCUGCGUCUAUCCAUCAGUGGUGCUUGGCGCAGCGCUCGCCAAUUCGCACAUUGUAAACUACCAGCAGAGAGGCCACCCGAUCCUAAACCUUGAAGCCAUGAUGCUGCAGCAGGAAAUCUUCCAGUCGGCCGUCGGCCCCGCAGUUGGCCUCUAUUUUGGGCGCACGGUCCUUGGUGACCCCGUGAGCACAUUUCAGCUCGGCCUAAUAUACUCUUGCAUCGCGACCUCGCAGAUUUUCAUCGUACUUUUAGGCUGGAACCCAGACUUUGCCGUGCGAUCCUUUCAGGUCGUCUUUGGGAAGCCCCCCUCAGAGCAUAAGCGGCGGUCAGAUCUCACACUAGCGAGUGGAGCUUACAACAUGUGUUAGUUGGGUACGGUACUUAUAUGUCGGGACAGGUGAGAUGC